AUGAGCAUCGCCAAUAGCCCAAAGGUAGCCACUUUCCCAACAGACUUAAGCCUUGAAUACGUCGGCUUCGAUCACGUUCAUUGGUACGUUGGGAAUCCCAAACAAGCCGCGUCAUACUAUAUCACACGCAUGGGAUUUGCGCCGAUUGCAUACCGCGGUCCUGAAACGGGGUCCCAGUUCCUGGCUAGCUAUGUAGUGGCCAACGGCGCAGCGGUCUUUGUUCUAACUGGACCGGUCUGUGAGCCACUGGGGGAUGAAAAGAAUAAUGUGUUACAACAUGCUACAGAAGAACAACGAGCGACGCUUGCCGCGAUACACGAACACUUGACUCGGCACGGUGACGGUGUCAAAGACGUCGCGUUCCAGGUCACAGGCACGAUCGAGAACAUAUGGAAGCGAGCCAUUGAGAGUGGCGCAGUCGCCAUAUCCGAGCCAGAGACCAUUUCAGUGGAUAAAAUGGGUCACAUCACGACGGCCACGAUUGGAACCUACGGCGAUACAGUGCAUUCGCUGGUCAACCGGGAACACUAUAGAUCAAAUGCGCCCUUCUUACCCGGAUAUCGUACCAUCGAUGUUAAUGGGGACCCUAUCAAUCGGAUCUUGCCUGCGAUUGAAUUCAUCGAGAUAGAUCAUUGCGUUGGGAAUCAGUCAUGGGGAGGCUUAGACCGAAUCCUUAAAUACUACGAAGACUGCCUCGACUUCCACCGCUACUGGACAGUCGACGACAAAGCAAUGUGCAGCGAAUACUCAGCCAUGCGCUCGAUAGUAGUCGCCUCUCCAAACGAAACAAUCAAAAUGCCCAUGAACGAACCAGCAACGGGCAUGAAGAAAUCACAGAUAGAAGAAUUCGUCGACUACUACCAUGGCGCAGGCGUACAACACAUCGCCUUCCGCACACACGACAUUGUUAACGCAGUAACGAACCUCAAAGCACGCGGUGUACAAUUCCUUCAAGUCCCAUCAGCAUAUUAUGAAGAUCUCAGGCAGCGACUAUCUAAAGUCUCAUGGACACUAGCUGCGGAUCUGGACGUACUGGAAAGGCUGAAUGUACUCGUUGACUUUGAUGAGCGUGGGUAUCUACUGCAGAUCUUUGCGAAGCACAUCGGGGAUCGGCCGACAGUUUUCGUAGAGGUUAUUCAACGAAGUGAUUUUGAUGGAUUCGGGGCGGGAAACUUCAAGAGUCUCUUUGAGGCAUUUGAAAGGGAGCAGGCUCUGAGAGGCAAUCUGUGA